AUGGCUGAUAUUGCAAUUGAAUUGCCCUUUUUAUCAUCUCACUAUGCGCUCCCCGAAUCGACGCUUACGACCUUAACGCAGGCUCCAACGGCGGAGCUUGUGAACCAACUUUUGGAGUCAAUCGGCAAAAAGGCUUAUGAAUUCGAUGAGCUCAAAGCAGAUAAGCUUCGCUUGGAGGUAGAGCUUGAAAAUGCUGUGCGCAGCAAUGAGUCGAAGGUCAAGGUCUUGAAGACCAGCGUGGAGAAGGGACACGCCGAGGUUGCAGAUCUACGAAAAAAACUACAAGAAGCCGAAAAUACACGCUCUACGCUUGAGAGCGAAAUUUCCACCCUGAAAACCUCAUCCACAGCCACUGGAUCCGAAGCCACUUCCUUGAAAGCGCGCAUCUCCUCUCUGGAGGCCUCCAACAGGGACACAUUAGCCUUGCUUGAAUCCAAAUCCGCAGCCCACGAUAAGCUUGCAGAGGAGCUUUCCCUCCAACACAAGAAGACCAUCGAGCUGCGACGCGAACUAUCCACCGCGGAGCAAAACCUCCAGAGCGCCAAUGCAGCAUCUUCCAGCGCCCGCUUCCGCGAACAGAACCUUCAACAAGAAUUAGAUCUCACCAAGAAGAACAAUGAAUGGUUCGAGACCGAACUGAAGACAAAGUCCGCUGAAUACAUCAAGUUCCGCAAAGAGAAGAGUGCUCGGAUUUCUGAACUCCAACGUGAGAAUGAAGAAGCAAACUCGACAAUUGAUUCUCUCAGAAGGAGUGAGAAUUCGCUUAAGAGUCGCCUGGACGAGACUGAGCAGCGAUAUGAAGGCUCUCUGGCCACCAUCCAUCAGCUAAAAGAGGAAGCCAUUCAGGCAACUGAAUCUUUCCGUAUCGAGCUUGACAGCUCCAAUCGGUUGGCCGAACUACAAGGAUCUGCGGCCCAGACAGCCAAGCAACGAGUCCAGGAAUGCCAACUCGCUCUCGAGAAGGCAAAGGAUGACGCGGCACAGGAAAUCUCACGCCUUCGUGUUGAACUCCAGACAGAGACCAAGGACAAGGAAGCUGCCGAGCGUCGGAUCGCCGAACUUGAGGCACUUAUUGGUCAGCUUGAGUCUGAACCUGCCAGAGGAAGAUCAGCAAGCCCCGCUGUCUCUAUCAAUGGAGGCGCACCCAGUACACCUCUCCGGUCUAGCAUCAUGCGGGCUGGAACUCCUGGCUCAUUCUCUCCCGCGCCCUCCCGUGGCAAGGGUGGCAUGAAUGUCACGCAGAUGUACGCCGAGUACGACAGGAUGCGGACCGCUCUUCAAGCCGAGAAGAGAGAAUGCGAGGAACUCCGCAAGACCGUUGACGAGAUGGUUUUGGAACUCGACUCAACCAACCCCGAGAUUGAGGAGGGACGAGCAGAGCGAACUCGUUUGGAGCAGGCUGUCGUGGAGAUGUCUACCCUACUCGAAGCGGCGUCAAAGGAACGGGAUAAUGCCCUUAAAGAAUCCCGGAAGUGGCAGGGUCAGGUGGAAGGCUUGGCUCGCGAAGGGGACAUUCUGCGCCAGCAACUUCGCGAUCUAAGCGCGGAGGUCAAGGUUCUUGUGUUGGAGGUUGCCGUCGCAAAACACGGCGAAGACUACGACCGCGAGGAGCUCGAAAAGAUUGCUCGCGGUGAACUCGAAGAGUCGUCCAAGGAUCUGAACGAGACUGGCCGCUUCAUCAGCAAGAACUUGACCACAUUCAAGGAUCUUCACGAGCUCCAAGAUCAGAACAACACUCUCCGGCGCAUGCUGAGAGAGCUCGGUGACAAGCAGGAAGGCGAAGAGGCGCAAGCCAAGGAAGCUGAGCGUCUGGCAGACAUGAAUGAGUUGAAGGAGCUGCGCAUCCGUGCACAGACAAGCCGUGAUGAGAUUGCGAACCUCAGCGCACAGAUGCAGAGUUUCGUCAAGGAGCGUGACACAUUCCGCAGUAUGCUCAUGCACAGAAGAUUUACCGCUGACGACUCGUCUGGCUUCUCUCAAUCUAUGCCUCUUGGUGCCACUCCUCAGGGAGCCCUCGAGGGCGGCGGCCCUGACUCUGCGGAGUUGCUUCACAAGGUUCAAGCUCAUUUCGAUACCUUCCGCGAAGAGACGAUCGCCGAUCGCAAGGCACUGCAACAGCAGGUCAACGAGCUGUCACGGAAGAAUAGCGAGCUGCUUUCAGAUAUCAGUCGCUCAAGCAGUCAACUUUCUGCUGCAACCUCACGUGCGGAGCUCUUGCAGAGCAACUUCAAUAUGAUCAAGACAGAGAAUGCCGAACUUCAAAAGCGUUAUGCUGCUCUGUCUGAGAACGCAAAUCGUCAAGAUAUCCGCACACAGCAAGCUGCUGAAGACCUCGUCGAGACCAAGGGUCUUGCCGAAAGCCUCCAAAGAGAAAAUGCCAACCUCAAGGCCGAGAAGGAUCUCUGGAAGAGCAUUGAGAAGAGGCUUAUCGAAGACACCGAGAACCUGCGCAAUGAGCGUAGUCGUCUUGACUCAUUGAACGCAAACCUUCAAAGCAUGCUUAACGAACGCGAACAUGCCGAUACCGAGAGCCGGCGCCGUCUCCAAGCCAGCGUUGAGUCUCUCGAAACCGAACUUCAAACCACGAAACGGAAGCUCAACGACGCUGUUGAGGAAUCCAAGAAGACUAGCUUACGCCGCGAGUUCGAACAGGAGCAAUCUCAGAAAAGAAUUGACGACCUGGUCACUACUUUGGGCUCAGUCCGCGAGGAGCUGGUUGCCGCUAAGACCACGCGGGAUCACCUGCAGUCCCGUGUGGAUGAGCUUGCAGUGGAGCUCAAGAGUGCCGAAGAACGUCUGCAGGUCCUGAACUCUCGGCCAAGCGUCUCUGCUGGUACUGGCGAGGGACUUCUCGAAGGCGAAGACGCUAGCGAGGCAACUGGUCUCUCCCGUGAGCAAGAACUAUCAAUCGAAGUGUCCGAACUGAAACGGGACUUGGAGUUGGCCAAGGGUGAACUGGAACACGCUAAGCAAUUAGCCGAAGACUACCAGGCCAUCAGCCAGGCCAGCGAAGAACGCCUGGAGUCCGCCACUGAAACCCAUGAUCAAUACCGGGAAGAGACUGAUCGUCUCGUGGAGGAGAAGGACAAGAGGAUCCAGGACCUCGAAACUCGGGUUGAAGAGAUCUCAGCUGAGCUCGCUGCCUCCAACACGGAGAUGAGCAAGCUGCGUGAAGAACAAGCCGAGACAAGCCGCCGCUUCGAAGAGCAGAAGGCAGACUUUGAGUCGGAAAUCACUCGCCUCAAGGCCGACAAUGAAAGACACGUCAAUGCUGCACAAUAUCACCAGGAGGAUCUCAAUGCCCAGUCUGAAAUUGCUCGGCAUUCGCAACAGAACUAUGAGAGCGAGCUUGUUAAGCAUGCGGAAGCCGCGAAAAACCUUCAGAUCGUUCGUGCAGAGAGCAACCAACUCCGGCUCGAUAUUGCUGAGUGGAAAUCCAAAGCCGAAACUUACAAGACGGAUCUGGCUCAGAAGGAGGAAAGCUGGGCUGAGCAACGGGCCACAUAUGAAGGAGAGCUAUCUGAACUUCAGAAGCGCCGGGAGGAGGUCCUUCGCCAGAAUUCUGUGCUUCACACCCAGCUCGAGAAUAUUACCAGCCAGAUCUCGUCUUUGCAACGCGAUCGGAUGAAUCUUCCAGAUGAGGAGCAGGAGGGAGACCAAGCCGCUCCCAAUCUCGAGGGUCUCCAAGAGGUCAUCAAGUUCCUGCGUCGCGAGAAGGAGAUCGUCGAAGUUCAAUACCACCUCUCUACCCAGGAAAGCAAGCGACUCAAUCAACAGCUCGACUACACCCAGUCGCAGCUCGAUGAGACCCGUUUGAAGCUUGAGCAACAGCGCCGUGCUGCUGCCGAUAAUGACCACAAUGCGCUCAAUCACAACAAGCUCCUGGAAACCAUCAACGAGCUCAACGUGUUCCGUGAGAGCAAUGCCACUCUCAGAAACCAGUUGAAGCAAACCGAGGCGGUGCGCGACGAGAAGAUCGCCCGCGAGAAUGAGCUGAUUCAAGAGAUCGAGCCACUCAAGAUCAAGAUUCGCGAGUUGGAAAGCCAAAGCGAGGCUAAGGAUGGAGAAAUGCAGCUCCUACAGGCCGAUCGCGAUCGCUACCAGCAACGCAUCCAGAACAUCCUCCAAAAAUACGACCGUGUGGAUCCAACUGAGAUGCAAGAGUUGAAGGAGAAGCUUACUGGUCUCGAAACCGAAAAGGCCGAGGCUGUGUCCCAACGGGAAGCACUUCAGACCCAGAUCGAAACUCUUCAGGCACAAGUUGCGGCGUUCCCCGAGCAAAUCAAGCAGCAUCAGGAUGAACGUGCAAACGACUUGCGAACUAAGCUUACCGAUCAGUUCAAAGCUCGCUCUAAGGAUCUUAGCGCGCGGGUCAAGGCCAAGCAAGAUGAGCUUAAUGCGGUUGUGCAGGAGAAGGAGGUCAUCCAAGCAGAACUUCAGACUACAAGGACCGAGUUGGAAGCUUUGAAGACCAAGACGGCAGAGGUGCCUAUGGCGCCUACGGCUCCCACUCCCGCACCCGCUCCAGCUGAAGGAGAGCCGGCUCCCGUCAACCCUACCCCGGCCUCGCAAUUCCCAACUGCUACCGUCGCAGUCCCCGGUCCUGCAGACACUCAAAAGAUUCAAGCCCUUGAGCAAAAGAUCCAGCGCCUUGAAGCUGCUCUUGCCGAGAAGGACGGACUUCUAGCUAAACAGGCCAGCGAGCUAGAUGCCAAGGUCAAGGAACGCGCCGAUCGCCUCAAGGAUAUGUACAACUCCAAGCUCAACGAAGCCAAGGCUGCUCAUCGUCAAGAAAUCGAGAAACUGUCUUCCACUGAACAGCCUGUACCUGGAACUCCAUCUGGUGCCCCAGACGCACCUCCUGCGACUCCGUCAAAGACUAUCGAGCUUGCUGGAUUCACCAUUCCCGAGUUGACAGAUGCCCAGGCCAGAGAGCUGGUCUCAAAGAAUGAGACUAUUCGCACGAUUGUGCGGAACAACAUCCGCGGCGGAGUCUUGCGUGAGCAACAGAAAGCGCAACAAGAGGCUCAAGCUUCUGCUGGUCCCAGCCAGGAGGCAUUGACCAGCCUGCAGCAGAAAUCGGCCGAGGAGAAGGAAGCGUUGAUCAAGGCGCAUGAGACUGAGCUUAAAGAAAAGGUUACCUCCGCAGUUGAACUUGUCGAAAAGAAAACUGCUGCUCGUCUCAGCAUGCUUGAUACCAGGUUCCGAACUGCGACCGCCAAGAUUGAUGUGGUAUCCAAGGCCGCAACGGAAACUCCACAAAGGCCCGUGGGUGAGGUAUGGGAAAUCGCAAAGUCUGCCCGCCCUGCACCCAUCGCGGUUCCGGCUGCGAAGCCGACGGCACCAGUACCUGCUGCUCAGCCUGCUGCUCCUCAGCCUGCCCCCACCGCUGCUCCCGCCGCUGCUCCCGCUCCUGCCCCGACACAGCAACCGCCAGUUGCAGCUCCCUCGGCUCCUGCUGCCCCAGCUCCUGCACCUAUGUCAGCGACCCCCAAUGUUCCGGCAGGGUCGGUGGCUCCUUCGACUGCGCCGGUCCAAACCGCUGCGCCCCAACAAGCUCAGGCACAACCUGCAGCCCAACCUGCGGCACCCGCCAAUCCAUUCGGCCAAGUUCAGCAACCGGACCAAACCCAGCAACCCAGUAAUCUCCCGAUCAAACCUCAGGGUGUAAACCCUCCUGGUCUCAUGCGAGCUCUUCAAUCCGGGCUACCUGUCGCAAGAGGCGGACGUGGUGGAGGACGUGGCGCUGGUCAACAGUUCGGCCAUGGUCAACACGUUGACCAGCAGCAGCAGGGUCAGCAGCAAGGUCAUGGCCAGGGUCAAGCCCAACGUGGUCAGGGCAUGCGAGGCCGUGGCGGUCGUGGAGGCCAAGGUCGCGGUGGACACCAGAACCAGAACCAAAACAAUGCCGCGCAAGCCCAGAGUCCCACCGCCAAUCGUGGAAACCUGAACGCUGCGGCUCGUCAGUUCAUUCCUGGACAACAGGGCAACAAGCGCACUCGCGAGGAUGGCCCCGAUACUACUGCUGAAGGUGCAAGUGGUGGAAAGAGACAGAGAGGUGGUGGUGGUCAGCAGCCUCGCGGUGGAGGUGCUGCUUAA